AUGCAAGCUGAACUGCAUACAUUCAAUUUGCUCACUUGUCUUGCAACAAAUUGCUAUCAACUUCUGCCAUCUAGCCAUAAACUCAAUUCUCUCCGCCUUUUCAUGCCUUAUUUGGCUUCAAUCGACAUUUGCUUUUUUCACUGCAACCAGCACCACGGACAGAACGAACAACAACAGAAGACCAUCUGUAGCACAGAGCACAGACACUCGCAGCAGUCACGCGCUGCACUGGCGCAGAAAAUCAACUCGAAUGAAGCGGAUGGUAGUGGAGUCGAGGAAGGCACAACGGCACACGCACCCAACCCGAUCCCGGCCAUUCCAAUCAAAUCGUCACUCUCUAAUGGCUUGACAAUAAGUGAAUUCGUUGCAUGCGCUUACAAGCAAUUUCGCGAUGAAAUGCUGCAAAAUGAAAGGAUUAAAAAACAGAAAAAAACAGAACAUUUGCAAAGCAACCCAACAGUCAAAAUGCUGGAAAGUUUAGAACACGAGAAAAAUGUAUCUCUGUACCUUCUGAAGAAGCACGGAUACAUUAAAAAUGACAAGGCAGAAGAUAUAAUAGAUGCGGAAGUGAUGUUGAGUGAUGAGCAGUUGAUACUUGAAGGACUCAAGAAACUUUGCCUGGAGUUGGCCACAUUAAAAAAAGAUGUUUACAAGUCCGUUCUACGCAACUAAAUACGUGAUGAAGAUUUUUUUAAUAAUUAAUCUGAACUUAUUGAUAAAAUAUAUACAUGGAAAAGUAAUACACGUCUGGUUUUCAUUCAUACCUUUUUUUUAACAAAAAAAUUUUAUUUCAAACAUUUUUAUUAAUAACUUAAUAACAAAUAGCUUGGCUAGUCAUUUCGUUACCUAGAUUCAACCAAAACAAAAAUGUUUUGAUAUUUCGAAACAAUUUCUUUCAAAUCCAAGUUAAGUAGUUAAGUUCAAAAACCAUUUAAAAAUUUAAUAAAAAGUUUUGGCAACCCGGAUCGAAAGUGAUAGAAUACAUACAUACAUUCGUAUACAACACAUACACGUUGUCGAAACUUGUUUGGGUUAGCGGCUUUAUUCAAUUUUAUAUCACAUUACAUAUCAUCGUAUUGUCAAAAAACAUAAUACAAAAUUUUUAACAAAAAUAACUUGAAUGUUUGUAAAAAAAAUUUAAUUGAGCUAUUUAAUUUUUUUCAUUGUGCUUAUUUUAAAUUCAUAAUAUAAACAAUAUUUUAGUUUGUACCAUUUACAUAUAUAUACAAUGAUUGUUGUAAUAUAUUUGUGUACAAUUUACUAAAUAACUAAAAUAUAGGUUUCUGAUUACUGUUGGUAAACCUUUAAGAGCAUCUAAUAAUAAUUUUACAAAUCAAUUUAUAAUUAAAAUAUUUACAAAUAUAUAAUAUUUGAAAA